CACCCAAUUUAACCUAGCAUGAAACACCAAGUUAUGUUUUGUUGUUUCCUUGCAUUAUACUCAGCAGUUCAAGCAGUGGGGGCAGAGUAUCUUCACAAAAUAUCAAACUUUGGCUUUCAAUUUUCUUUUAUCUUGUUGCUUCAUUCCAGCUGAGCUACUUUGGAUGAACAUGAAGCAUGUUAAGGGAUUUAGAUUCCACCCAACAGAUGAAGAAGCCAUGGAACAUCUAUGGGAAAAACAGGUACUCGACCGUGAUUCGUUUGUCCAAGUUGGUGAUGCACGCGUUCCACUCAUAACCCAAUUAGAAGACAUCUGCAAAUUCGAACCUGAAGAAUUGCCUGGGUGGUCAGAGUUACAGUCAGGUGACCACGUCUGGUUUUUCUUUUGCACACCAAGAUACAGGUACCGUAAUAGUAAACGAAAAAACAGAGUAACCAAGAAAGGUUACUGGAAUCCAACGGGAAAACCCCGUCAAAUAGUGACAACAUUCGACGGAAAAAAGAUUUCUGGAACCAAACAGACCAUGGUUUUCUACAAAGGUCGGGUUGGUGAUAAAAACAAAAAAGAAAAUAAGACCCCAUGGCUCAUGCAUGAGCUUGAGCUCACUCUUAAUCUUCCAAACCAAAAAAGUUUAACUCUUUGUAAAUUGAAGAAAAAAGCGGGGAAGGUAGAUGUUUCAAGAGGUGAAGAAGGGCAAUCAAAUCUGUGUUUGCCCUUAGAAAGCCACUGUACAAACAAUGCAAUCCCAGAGGGCCAGUUAAACUCGAAAGAGCCAUUAAAAGAGCCAGUAUCAUUCUCUGAAAACAGUGGAAUUCAAUCUGAAUUAGUCAACAAUGAACAGACUAUAGAUGAAUUUGUGGAUACACUUAUUAAGAAUGAUGAGUUCUACAGCAAUCAACCAACCUUUCCUUAUAAGAAAGAAGACUUCCUGCUAUAUUCUGACUCUCAAAUUUAUAAUGCCAAUACUGAUAUUCAAAAGAACCAGGAAGGCUUUGGGGAGUUGAUAAACCAAAAGCUAAAGGCACCUAAUGACUGUGUUCCAGCUAUGAAUCAAGUUGGGAUCAGUGAUCAUGAUAAUUCAUCAUGGAGUUCAGUUGUCUAUGCUAAUGAUCCAACCAACUCAAAUGGAGAUGACAAUCAACAGAAUACUUUAUUUCCUGAAGAGGGCUCUAGCUUGGCUUUUGAAAAUCACGUUCCAGUGGAUUCCAUUCCAACAGAAGGAUCAGAUUUUAAUGAAUUUUUCCUCAAUGGGAUACAAUACAUAGCUGAAUUAUUAUCACGAACCGAACAUGAGGAACUUCAAGAUCAAUCUAGCACCAAUGAACAAGGCAGAAACUUAGGGAACGUAGUGUCUGCUACUGAAAGAAGCAAUCAAUAUGAUGGAUCUACCAUGCCAUCUAAUUCCAGAACUGAUACUGCUGAAGAUUCAGUUCAGAUAGAUUUAUCAAAUUUGGCUGGGCCAUCAAUGGAUCAAAUCUUCGGAAAACUAGAAGAACUUGGGGAAGCAAAUGGAUUUGUACAGGGAAACAGUUGUGGGCAUGAAUUCCCAGCAGCACAGAAAGAACCCUCUCCCCCUCCCUUUUGUAAUAUUGGGGGUCUUUAGGAGGAGUUAAAGAAGAUUGUUAUUUGGAUUUGAACUAGUUUGCUUGUAUAUGAUAUAACUUGUGUGCAUUUGAAUAUAUGUGAUUCGAUGUAGAUUUCUAUAAUGUCCUUGAUACGGGAUUUCUGAAUUAGAAUAUAUGUAAUAUGAAGUCA